UGCAAUUGAAGAAUUAGAGGUUGAAGAGCGCGUUUACGCGACGCGGACGCGUUUAAGAACCACCUAACCCAUGUUGGAACUAGCGUGGUUCGGGACGGAUUAUGUCUCGGCCCGACACUCGGCAACGCAUGCUCGUCACAAAGCCGAAGAAACGUCGGAGCAACUUCACCCAAGUAUUUCAAUUUCUAUGCCGGUUAAACAGCUACAACGGUUGUAACUUUUUGCUAUAGCUUCUUUUCCGCUCCAUUAGGGGGUACUUCAUUCUUGAUAAAUGCAUAAUCGAGGGGAAGGUCAAUUUUUGAUAAUUGUCCACCAUGGCUCCUGGUAACAGCAAGACAUCCACCAUCGCGGAGGUAGCCCUUGUGCCGCUCAAGAACUGCCUUGUUAACUUGCCGCCGUCGCUGGUGUCGUUGUUAGUGAACGCGGAUACGCCUGCCCAAAAUGUCGUUGUCGAGCUUCAAUAUCGCCCCACCUCUGGCGCAUCGAAUUCCCAUUCGAAUGUCGGCCAGUCGCAAAAAUCCUCGUUCGUUGGCUGGACAGGCAUGCCAAGUAAACGAAGACUUGCCCCUGUAGUCAGCAGAGACGGAAUAAGCGGUGCAAGAGGUUCCUCGAGGGAGCAGGAGAUCCCGACAGUUGAACUUGAUUCUACUUUCGCAAGAGUUUUGGGUUUGAGUGAUGGCCAGCGGGUCGGCCUGUUACUGCACAUCGACCCCCCGGUGGCGCACACCGUCAAUAUUGAGCCUUUAACACCGGCUGAUUGGGAGAUUAUUGAAUUGCAUGCCACCUUCCUAGAACUUAAUCUCCUGUCUCAAAUUCGUGCCCUUCCAAACCCUGCUUAUAGCGGUCCUACAGCUGGGCAGCUGCCGCAUUCCCAUCCGCUCACUUUACACCUGUCACCCACCUCAACGGCCAAUAUUACCAUCACAUCCCUGACACCACCUGUGCCAACUACCUCUCCAUUUGCCAAAAUCGCACCCGAUGCUGAAGUUAUAGUUGCUCCAAAAGUCCGCACAAAAUCCAACAGGCAUUCACGCAGCGAAAAUAGAAGCACUACCAGCGCCGGUCGGAAGAGCGUAAGCGGCCGUAGCAGUGGGAGCACUGUCCGCCCAAAAAGUAGCCAUUCCGAUUCCGCGUCGCGUGGCGCAGUUUAUCUUCGAGGCGUGGAUCGGCGCCUUGCGCAGGAUUGGUUUGAUGAGGAUCCGGAGACCCAGAAAAAUGAAGGGUUUAGGAUAUGGGUUGAUCGAGGCAUCCUUUCGAAGAAUGAGUUCCGUGGAACAGUGUGGGCAUGCGUUUCAAUUGUUACCCCGGCGGGAUUACUCCCACCUAUCGAUCCACAACAACAGCAGCAGCAAAAAGAUCUGGAGUCUUCCGAUGCAGGAAAGCCCUCGAAGAAAAUUGUAGCCAGGGUUCUCCCAUGGGAUGAGAGUCCUGAUUGCCAACAUGUCGCUCUCUCAUCCAGUCUCUGCUCUGCGCUUGGAUCCGACGGAAUGGUCGGAGGAAUUGUUCGCGUUGAGGCCGCUCCGCCCCAAAUUCAGCAAUCUUCACUGAAAUCAGUUAAACUUUUCCCUUUUACAUCUGAAUCAUCGAAGAAGAAGGAUGGAUUGAAAUUUGGGGGUGAUUCUUCUGCUUACCGGGAUGCUUUGAGUGAACGAAUCAAGUUGUUAUACGGCAGUCUAGGUUCUGAUUCAGGUAUUUUAGCGGGCCCGGUAACCGACGGUAUGAUUUUGCCCAAACUUGACAACCAAACCCCGCCCUUCGAGUUCGAAGGGGGAAUUGUUCGCUUCGACCCUCCUUUAAACCCGCAAUCAGAGGCUGGUAGGGUAGCAUUUGACUGGCUGCUCGGCUCGGAAUGUAGAGCGAACUUGGAUAUUCAGCCAGAAAUACCAAAACCGCAGGACGGGGUCCCUUCGACCGCUCCCUCGACAGAUCCGAUCCCGGACAAGGCACCCAAGAUGGUGGGGAUAGAUCCAAUUAUCGAAACCUGUAUCUCAAACCUUACUCGAUCAUCCUCGAUUCUUCUCACCGGUGGGCUGGGUGCUGGCAAAACAUCUUUAUGUCACUUGUUGGCCUACAAAUUACGCGAGGAUUACCUUUUUAAUGUAUCGUACUUCUGUUGCCGCAAGCUGGCGACAGAUCAAACACGCAUCUCUACAAUUAAGGAAACAUUCCAUCGACUUUUCCUCUCGGCAUCCUGGUGUGCUAGGCAAGGUGGCCAGUCAAUCGUGAUUUUAGAUGACCUGGAUCGUCUCUGUCCGGUAGAAACUGAGCUUCAGGUUGGCGGUGAAAACGGAAGGAGCCGCCAACUUAGCGAGAUUGUCUGUUCAACUGUUCGAGAAUUUUGGUCGGCCAGCUCUUCUGUCGUUUUACUCGCAACGGCACAGGCGAAGGAGUCCCUCAAUAAUGUUAUUGUUGGAGGCCAUGUUGUACGGGAAAUUGUUAGUUUGAAGGCGCCAAACAAGGAUGGGAGAAGAAUGGUGCUGGAAAAAUUAAUGGCAGCAGACGAACCAGUUCCAGGGCUCCAGACUGCGGCCAAUGGUCAUGUAAGGAGCCCAAGCUCUUCCACCCAGGGCACCUGGCUUGACCCCUCAGAUCCUGGUAGCCGACCAGGUUCAACGGGACAAUCUGAUGGUUUUGUUCUUAGCCGAGACCUAGAUUUCCUUGACUUAGCUGGGAAGACAGACGGAUACAUGCCCGGCGACCUCGUCCUAUUAACUACUCGUGCAAGAAACGAAGCCUUGAUCCGUUCGGUUCAAGAUACGUUAUCCACAUCCACGACUAUCACCUUAGGCACGGAAGAUUUCGCUCGCGCACUCAAGGGCUUCACACCCGCCUCUCUCCGUAACGUCACACUGACAUCCUCUUCAACCACUUUUGCGUCCAUUGGAGGACUGCAUGAAACUAGAAAAACGCUCCUUGAAACCUUGCAAUAUCCCACAACAUAUGCGCCAAUAUUUGCUCAAUGCCCACUCCGGCUACGCUCUGGUCUUUUGCUAUACGGGUUCCCAGGCUGCGGGAAAACACUUCUCGCAAGUGCGGUGGCUGGUGAAUGCGGACUUAACUUCAUCAGCGUAAAGGGUCCCGAGAUCCUCAACAAAUAUAUCGGUGCAAGUGAAAAGAGCGUCCGCGACCUAUUCGAGAGAGCGGAGGCUGCUAGGCCUUGCGUUCUUUUCUUCGAUGAAUUUGACAGUAUCGCGCCAAAGCGGGGUCAUGACUCUACCGGGGUUACUGACAGAGUGGUCAACCAGCUUCUUACCCAGAUGGACGGAGCGGAAGGCCUUUCAGGGGUAUAUGUCCUGGCAGCUACGUCUCGACCGGACCUCAUCGAUCCCGCAUUGCUCCGGCCCGGACGCCUCGAUAAGUCACUCCUGUGUGACAUACCUUCCCACUCAGAUCGAGUGGAUAUCAUCCAGGCAUUGAGCAAACAGCUUAAACUUAGCGACGAAGUGAUGGAGCGUGUCGGGGAAAUUGCAGAUCGAACUCAAGGAUACUCUGGCGCUGACCUGCAGGCGGUUGUUUACAACGCACAUCUCGAAGCCAUCCACGACGCGCUGGGCGACCGAUCCUCCGACUCCACUAGCCCACAGAAUAAAUCGAAAGCACAAGCAAUUACAAACGGCGUAAAUCCAGGCGUCAAUGGCACCAGCACCGGCCCAGAAAAAUCUGCCAGUAAAUCCUUCAUACAGUUCCUCUACUCCUCGGACGAACAUGCCACAGCGGUAGCAUCUCGGAAUCGCCCAACCAACAACACCUCACCCUCCCUACCACCCCCCGCUGUCGUGGCUGCGAGACUCGACGCGAUUAAACAAGACCGCAGACGCCAACGCCAACUGGAACGGGAGGCAUCGGAUCCAUCAGCUGAUGCAGCCACAAACGGUCCCAAUGGCGUCGCUGAUGCGUAUAAUGACGCUAGUAAUGAUAUCCAUAUCUGCUGGCCGCACAUAGAACGAUCUCUCGCAACCACUCGUUGUUCGAUUAGUGACGUGGAGCGUAAGCGCCUCGAGGCUAUUUAUAGAGAGUUUGUUGUUGGGAGGAAUGGGGAGAUGCCUACUGGCGAGGGUGGACGGGAUAUUGGAGGAAGGACGAGUUUGAUGUGAUGCUUUUUUGGCCGUGUCUUUGUGUAUUGUAUAUAUCAUUACAGCAUUUCUUCACUUCUGCUGUAUAUCCACGUUCUUGCAUUGCUUGUUGGUGUACGGAGGAUAGUCAGAUGCUGUAUUUCUUUGUACUCGUUGUCGACUUAGAGAUAGACUCGUUUUGGAUAUCAUAUCGCUUAUAGCGCUUUUCUUCUCUCUUUCAGCUUGGGACUGAGGCCUAAUUCUUUUGUAUUUUGUUUCCCUAGCACCACCAACUUGAUGGCAGGUAUGAUGAUUGCACAUUCCAAUCCCUAAUUGAGUAAUUAAUACGGCUACACAAUAAUCCCUACAUCUUGACUGACUGACACAAUCCAAUCCACUGUCCAGCCAAAACCUGAUGAGUAUAAAAUAUACCCUUACUCCGUUCCUGUUUCCAACUCCCCAGCCCCAUCAACCAAUCUGAGUUCAUCCCCGAAC